GCAGCCUCAGUGUACUCAGGAGUGUUCACACAGAUCUUUAAAGAGGAGAGAGGGCUGUACCAGGACAAGGUGUUCUGCUUCGUCCAUCUGAGCGUUCAGGAGUUUCUGGCUGCUCUUCAUGUCCAUCUGACCUUCAUCAACUCUGGUGUCAAUCUGCUGGCAGAAGAACAAUCAACCUCCCGGCUGUCUAAAGUCUUCAGAGACAAACUUAAACUUACACAUCUCUACCAGAGUGCUGUGGACAAGGCCUUACAGAGUCCAAAUGGACACCUGGACUUGUUUCUUCGCUUCCUCCUGGGUCUUUCACUGCAGACCAAUCUGACUCUCCUACGAGGUCUGCUGACGCAGACAGGAAGUAGCUCACAGACCAAUCAGAAAACAGUUGAGUACAUCAAGAAGAAGAUCAGUGAGAAUCUGUCUCCAGAGAGAAGCAUCAAUCUGUUCCACUGUCUGAAUGAACUGAAUGAUCGUUCUCUAGUGGAGCAGAUCCAACAGUCCCUGAGUUCAGGAAGUCUCUCCACAGAUAAACUCUCUCCUGCUCAGUGGUCAGCUCUGGGCUUCAUCUUACUGUCAUCAGAAAAUGAUCUGGACGUGUUUGACCUGAAGAAAUACUCUGCUUCAGAGGAGGCUCUUCUGAGGCUGCUGCCAGUGGUCAAAGCCUCCAACAAAGCUCUGUUGAGUGACUGUAACCUCUCAGAGAGAAGCUGCUGUCUGAUCACAGAGGAAGGCUGUGCUUCUCUGGCCUCAGCUCUGAGCUCCAACCCCUCCCAUCUGAGAGAGCUGGACCUGAGCUACAAUCAUCCAGGAGACUCAGGGGUGAAGCUGCUGUCUGCUGGAUUGGAGGAUCCACACUGGAGACUGGACACUCUCAGGGUGGACCAUGGUGGAGAGCAGAGGUUAAAACCUGGUGUGAGGAAGUAUUUCUGUGAACUCACACUGGACACAAACACAGCACACAGAAACCUCAAACUGUCUGACAACAACAGGAAGGUGACACGUGUGAGAGAGAAGCAGCCAUAUCCUGAUCAUCCAGAGAGAUUUGACCGCUUGCCUCAGCUGAUGUGUAGAAAUGGUCUGACUGGUUGCUGUUACUGGGAGGUCGAGUGGAACGGAAGAGUUGAUAUAUCAGUGAGUUACAGAGGAAUCAGAAGGAGAGGAGGCAGUGAUGACUGUCUGUUUGGAUGGAAUGAUCAGUCCUGGAGUCUGAGCUGCUCUGAUAGUGAUGAUCGUUACGUCUGUCACAAUAACAGAAUAACAGUCCUCCCUCUCUCCUCCUCCUCCUCCUCCUCCUCUAACAGAGUAGCAGUGUAUGUGGACUGUCCUGCUGGCUCUCUGUCCUUCUACAGAGUCUCCUCUGACACACUGAUCCACCUCCACACCUUCAACACCACAUUCACUGAACCUCUUUAUCCUGGGUUUAGGAUCUGGCCUGGUUCCUCAGUGUCUCUGUGUUCUGUGUAGGAGGGAGAAAACUUCCAGUCCUGUGGUUUAAAUGUUGGUGGUGGACGAGGCUUCACUUUGGUUAACAUCUGGAAAUGGUGAAAUUAUCUCCUCAGGGCUGAAUUUGUUGUGUUCAAACUGUGUUGAGUUUGAUUUUCACUGAACUUA